AUUUUGUUUCUUCAAUUAUAUUGGAAUCCAUCGUUUUCUGCCAUGUGCUUUUGUUCUGAAUCACAUUCUACCGCCUUGAGUAUUUACAAGAGAGUAUUUACCAUAGGUGGAAUGCGAAAGGUUUUAAUCUGUGACAUCGCUCCUGUCUGUGGCACAUCAAGGAUUUGUGGAGUGUGAGAUUAGGGCUGUACGUCGUCAUAAAUCUCUACGUCCCAAUUCAGCUGCGCGGUGGCGGGUGGGCACUUGCUCGUUGUGGUCUGUGAUGUUAUUGGACAAUUGAGCAGACGUACCUUUAGGUUUUUACACUCGCUCUUCUUUUGGCUGGAUGAAUUGCUGCUUACCGGACAUUUCUGAGAUGUCUCACUCAAUGGUUGGUGAAUAUACAAUUCAGGGUGGUGGAGAACACUGUCUGUACGCAAGUGAAGGAUCGGGAUAUGGACACUGUGAACCCCAACCGCUUCACCAUCCGCCGUGCCUGGAGCAGGUUUGGCCAUCAAGCCAGCACUAUAAUUAUUUGUAUAGCGCUGUCCCUUCCUGUUUCAAGACUGACUUUUGUAACAUGGAGAUCCCGCUCAAUAAUUUUCAUUAUCACCCCGAGUAUUCUCCCGAGGUUAAAUCAGACUGCUCACAUGUACAAUGGAUGCAAGGAGCACACAAGAAAGGGUACAUACCAAGUUACCUGGACAAAGAUGAGCUCUGCGUAGUAUGUGGGGACAAAGCUACGGGCUAUCACUAUCGCUGUAUCACCUGUGAAGGUUGUAAGGGCUUCUUCAGGCGGACAAUUCAGAAAAACCUCAGGCAAACCUAUGCUUGUAAGUACGAGGGAAGAUGUGCCAUAGACAAGGUGACCAGAAACCAGUGCCAGGAUUGUCGCUUCAAGAAAUGUAUAGCGGUUGGAAUGGCUACAGACUUGGUGUUGGAUGAGAGCAAGCGGCUCGCCAAGCGCAAGCUGAUUGAGGAAAACCGGCAGCGUCGCCACAAGGAGGAGCUACAAAAAACAGUGAUGGAUCAACACGAGCCCUCCGAUAACGAGUGGGACCUCAUUCGUAUGACUACUGACGCCCAUAUGGCCACAAAUGCUCAAGGAAAUUACUGGAAGCAGAAGCGGAAAUUCUUGGUGGAGGAAACAUUGCUUCUUAAUGAAAUAACAUGUAAUUUAUUCUAUACCUCUGACCAGAGCACAGCGGGGAUGGCUGAAACUAAGCCUGCCAAUAGUGGUCAUUCAUCCACGGCAAAUAUCCUUGAAGGAAAUCAAGUGGAUUUAGAGGCAUUCAGGCAAUUUACAAAAAUUAUCACCCCUGCCAUAAAACGAGUGGUGGACUUUGCCAAAAAACUGCCCAUGUUUUGUGAGUUGCCAUGUGAAGACCAGAUCAUUUUGCUGAAAGGCUGUUGUAUGGAAGUCAUGUCGUUGCGUGCUGCUGUUCGCUAUGAUCCAGAGAGUGAGACUCUCACACUUAAUGGAGAGAUGGCAGUCACGCGAGGUCAACUGAAGAAUGGAGGCCUGGGUGUAGUGUCGGACGCCAUUUUCGACCUUGGUGUCUCACUCGCCUCCUUUAACUUGGACGACUCUGAGGUGGCUCUUUUACAAGCAGUUAUUCUGCUUUCAGCGGAUCGCCCAGGCCUGAGUUGUGUGGAGCGGAUCGAACGCUGCCAAGAGGAGUUCCUGCUAGCUUUUGAACAUUACAUCAACUACCGCAAACAUAAAUUACCUCAUUUCUGGCCGAAGCUGCUCAUGAAGGUUACAGACCUGCGAAUGAUUGGAGCCUGCCAUGCAAGCCGAUUCCUUCACAUGAAAGUGGAGUGUCCGACUGAGUUAUUCCCUCCUCUUUUCCUGGAGGUAUUUGAGGACUGAGCAGAGGAUUUUGAUAGAAGAAAAAAAUGUUUGUGUGGGAGCACUUGAAUGUCCCAUAAUAGGUGGAACUAGAGUCAUUUUAUUUGGUAGUUUGAGUAGUUCUAUGAUUAUUUUGACUGGACGCAUUACUUUCUGUGUGGGUAUGUGUGAAUAGCAUUCUUGUUUUUUGCUUUGUUUCUUUCUCUAAAAUGUGGAAUAAAGAUGCAAGACCACGACAUAUUUUCUUCACUUUAUCAGAACACAAUACGAAUCAAUUUGGACCUCUGUAUCCUAUAGACCAGUGGUCCCCAACCCCUGAGCCGCGGACCAGUACCGGUCUGUGGGUCAUUUGGUACCAGGCGCACAGAAAGAAUAACCUACAUUACUUCCGUUUUAUUCAUUCAUGAACCUGAAAGAUAUUUUAUUUUUUUACCGGAUUCUCUGUUACAUCCGUCAACAGUCUCAGUCAACACACGCGCUUCUUGGUCACGUGAUAGGUUACCGUGAAAAUGAAACCCAGGAGCGAGCAAAAGGAGUAAAAAAAACAAACGUCUUUGGAAAGAGGAAAAGGCCCAGCCAGGAGACAGAAGAGAAGCCGACGACUCUCAAGAAAAAGAAGGCCACAUUUAAUAGACAGUGUCUGGACUCGUACUUAACCCUUAGGUCCUUCGAAACAAAAAAACCCUAAGUUAAGCGUUUUAUUCAUUCAUUCAUUCAUCUUCCGUACCGCUUGAUCCUCACUAGGGUCGCGGGGGGUGCUGGAGCCCAUCCCAGCCGUCUCCGGGCAGUAGGCGGGGGACACCCUGAAUCGGUUGCCAGCCAAUCGCAGGGCACACAGAAACAAACAACCAUUCGCACUCACACUCACACCUGCGUUUUACAAUUUUGGAAAUGAUGUAUGUUGUGUUAUACAAACAUUUUUUUUUCAAAAACUAUUUUUUUUUUUGCAAAAUGAAAAAAAAAAUUGUGUCUGGAGGUCCCAACCAAGCCCUACUAACAAUCCCGACUGGACGUGUUCAUGUAAAAUGCAUUGGUUUGAAGCCUCCUGCAAAAAGGCAAACUCAUUUACGAUCCUCUGACGCCACCUAAAAGUUGCACAAUUGGAAUGACCUCAACCCAACGAUGUGGCAUGCAUACGUCUGUCCAAGCGAAAACAAAGCGAUUGACGUAAAAAUCGUGUGAAAUGCAUGUUUACACAUUAGGUUUACGAUGCAUUAAAAAAUAUGAAUUAUAAUGGGUCUUUAUGGUGCAAAAUAUGUAAAUUGAGAAGAUUACGGAAUCAAAACCUUUUUUAUUAUUGCUGCAAUGCCUGAGAAUUAUCAGCCGGUGACGUCAUGAAAUUUCGGCCAUUUUAGAACCCCCCCAUACGUUUCAGCUCUUUCGUGUUUUUCCGAAUGCCUUUGCCAUUGAUUCAAAGACAUAAUUUUGCAUUUAUCGCAAACGGUGGACGACGAGGGUUAAAAUCCGUCUUUAUCUCAACGGGAAAUUCCCACACAACAAGCACACUCUGCAUAAUAUGCAGCAAUGGUGAGUCGUAUUUUUCAUGCACUUUGUAUUCGUGGUCCAUCUUAUUUUGAAGGCAUGUUUAAACGUUAACAUUGCGAACAGCGAGUGUUGCGGCCAGAUAGGAUGUUCCUCGUGUCAUGAUUUGUGUUUAUUUUUCUGUUUCGAAAAUACCAUUCGAAAUUUUGUUGUAUUUAUCUGGCCUUAACGUUGGCCCCCGAAAAUAUUGUCUGACAUUAUACAGGGCGGUGGUGAAAAAAAGAUUGGGGGAACGCUGCUUUAGACGUCGUCAGAGCGCACAGAGAAAUAGAGACACGAGCAUGUCUAUGUGUGUAUGUAUAUAUAUAUAAAAGAGAGAGAGAGAGAGAGAAAGAAUAUGUUAAUGAGAGCUGGACAGUCACGCCCUUAAGCAACUAAUAAGAUAA